AUGACCGCGCCCGGCUUCGGUGUUUACACACCACUUGUGACAUAUUUCCACGACGAUGAAACUCUCGAUCUUGAGAUUACUAGUCAACACGCUUUGCGAAUGGCACAUGGUGGGGUGACAGGCUUUGUCCUUCAGGGCUCGAACGGCGAAGCUCCCCACCUCAUGCACGAGGAGAGAAAAGAUCUUGUCAAAAGUAUCAGAAAGACACUGGACAGUAGUGGUCACGAGAACAUCACACUCAUUGUUGGUUGCGGCGCGCCCAGCGUCUUCGAGACCCUCGUCUACAUCAGAGAAGCCAAAGAAUGUGGAGCAAACUUUGCUCUGCUCCUUCCCCCGAGCUACUGGGCAGCAGCCAUGAGUUCUGAUGUGCUGGAAAAGUUCUUCUCAGCAGUCGCCGCAGAGACGUCGCUUCCUUUCCUCAUCUACAACUUCCCAGCCGUCACGGCGGGUAUCGACAUGUCUUCAGAUCUCAUCAGAAUUCUAGCGACAAAGUUUCCAGGCAAAAUCGUCGGUGCCAAACUAACCUGCGGCAAUCUGGGCAAACUCCAACGUCUUGCCUAUCCACCUCUUCCUGGAGCCUUUUCAGUCUUCGCCGGCAAAUCUGAUUUUUUCCUCCCUGGUCUGGUAGCAGGUUCUAAUGGUGUUAUUGCUGCGCUCGCCAAUCUUACUCCAAAAGCACAUGUCAAGAUGCUGCAACUCUAUUCGUCGGGCAGCUUGAAGGAUGCGGUUGAGUUGCAAACAAAGCUCAGUCAUGCCGAUUGGCACUUGUCAAAAGUUGGUGUCGCGGGGGUGAAGGCGGUGGUUGCGGAAUACUUUGGUUACGGCUCGGGCAAGGGUCGGAGACCGCUGGGAGUGUUUGAUAUCGCCACCCUCUCAGAGAACUCAAAACAGGCAUUCGACUGUGUUGUAGAUAUCGAAAGGAGUCUUUGA